UGUAAGUAGCGCUCGUCAUUUGAAUAUGUGCAGCCUAUGCAAACUUAGCAGAAUGGAUGUGAGGGAGAGCAGCGAGAGGAGUGGCUUCGACCGUCUCAACUCACCCAUUCCUGAACCUGUCAGUACAGAAGGCACCACAAUCCGAGGCAUUUCGUUAAGUUUUUAAAAUUUGUGAAUUAAAGCGGAAGGAAGCAAAACUAAUAAUUUCCACUAAAACAACAACGAUGCAUGUCUCCUGUAAGAAGCGCCUUGGUCUGAUUGUAUUCGCUGGACUAAUGCUGGUAGCCCUCACUCACUUUUGGAGCCAUGGCACCACCUCAACGGUUGACAUACGGUCGAGACAGGACAGGCCAACAAAAAAACGCUUAAGUGGGAAAAAUGGAGCCGCUGCUAAUGAAUAUCAUGACAUUCCUUACCAUAUAAAAAAGGAUGUGGCAAGUCGUUUAGCUCACAAUUCUUGCGUUUGCCUGGCUGAUGAGGAAACAGUUCACCUGCCGUUCUCCGAUCUGCUCUUCCCGCGAGUGUGGGCUCAAAACAUCGAUCAAGAUUUCUUGGAGUUCCACCCUAACCCUGAGGGGAUAAUACGUCACAGAGCUCAGGAGUACAGCAGCUUUCAGGAGAGGUCCUACAAUCCUGCAGAUGUCCUAAUUAUAUCUGAGGCCAACAGUCCACUUCAAUAUCCCACGCAGGGUGUGGAGGUGCGACCUCUCAAAACGAUCAUCGUUCCUGGUUUGAGUCUCAAAGAAGAACCAAGACCAGAACACAAAGUAUAUCUGAUAGCAACACUGGGACUGGGGACUUUUAACGUUGCUGCUGCCGUGGACGAGGUCUCCGUGAAAGGCGAGGGAGAGAAGGAGAUGAUUCUGUCGAGUCCUUCCCUCCGUGCUCUGAACAGGCAACUGCAAUUUGUCACCUAUACAAACACUGUGUUCCACCCAAAGACAGCAGAUACAAUUCAAUUUGCGACUGAAGCUCACCAGGCAUUUUUCACCGUCAAAGUUGGACAUGAAACUGUUCCGAAACUUUACAACUCUGGAUACCAAGAAGAGUACAACAUUACUGCUCUUGUUACCAUCGCCACGAAGACCUUUCUGCGUUAUGACAAACUCAAGGAUCUCAUCGACAGCAUACGGCUGUAUUAUCCCACCGUCACCAUAGUGAUAGCAGAUGAUAAUGAACACCCUCAGCCAGUGAAAGGUCCUUACAUUGACCAUUACAUUAUGCCGUUUGGAAAGGGUUGGUUUGCGGGGAGAAAUCUAGCAGUGUCUCAAGUUACCACAAAGUAUGUGCUCUGGGUGGAUGACGACUUCAUCUUUACUGCAAACACAAAGUUGGAGAGGAUGGUGGACAUCCUGGAGAAGACAACUUUGGAUCUGGUCGGCGGUGCGGUGAGAGAGGUGACAGGUUACACUGCCACCUAUCGUCACACCAUUUCAGUGGAAGAAGGGGACGGGGACGGCGACUGCUUGCAUAUCAGAAAUGGCUACCACCACAUCAUUGAGGGAUUUCCCAACUGCGUGGUGGUUGAUGCCGUCAUCAACUUCUUCAUGGGACAGACAGACAAAGUGCGGCAGGCCGGCUUCGACCCCCGCCUGUCACGGUUUGCCCAUCUGGAGUUCUUCAUCGACGGUCUGGGCUCCCUCCACGUUGGUUCCUGUAGUGACGUCGUCGUCAACCAUGCGUCGAAGAUCCAGCUACCCUGGACUAAAACAGAGUCGCAAAAGUCCUACGAAAAGUUCCGCUACUCGCCCUCCAAAGGGUAUGCAAGCCUUCGUAAUGAAGUCUUCUACUUCAAGAACAGGUUCAAGUGCAUGACCAGCCACUGAAAGAUGGUCUCCCGUAUGUGAGGGAAAAGUGGAAAAUAAUUAUUUUUGUAACUUGAAUGUAAGGAUGCUCCUCUAUUUGAGGGGCUUUGUGACUGUGAUUGUUAGAUUGAAGAGUACGUACAGUAUGUAUUGUAUUAUGUAGUGGGUAAAACCUUAAUGUGGCAGGUUGAUGAAUUGAGAAAUUCUUUUGUUUGUUUUGUCUUCAGUGUAAUGAAAAUGUUUGAAAAUGACCAAUGGACAAGUGCAGGGAUAGAUUUUUUGUUUGUUGGCUGUUGUUUGUUUGGCAUUGAGGAGUGGAUCCAAUGUCACAUCAUAGAAACUCAAGGGAUAUUUAAUUCAGAGGGUUGGUAAACCUGUGGUAGUCUAGUUAACAUUCUGUAAAUAGAGACUUCUACCCCCACCCUCCCCUUUUGACCAUUUGUUUGCGUAAACGUGCAUAACAUCUGUUAAACAGAUUGAUGGUACAAUGGUUUUAAACCUGUUUCAUAUCAUAUUUAGUUAAUUGUUGUUAAGUUGUGGUAAUUUUUUUAUACGCUUGUGGCCAGUUUUUUGUAUCAAACGAAAUUUGGUUUGCACAUUUUUACUUUAUAAAUUGAAUCAUGGAUUCGACAUGUUUUCUGAGUCUAAACGUUGUAUGAGUCGUUUUUACAGCUCUGCUUCACUUAGGCUGCACUUUGCAUUUCAGAAUUCAUCUCCUAGUAUUCCUAUUGUAUUUGUGGUUGCAUCGUCGAUUUUUUUGAAGUCUACGGCUGGGUCUCGAAUAAAACAUAUCCGUCACAGCAGUAUUACUGAAAAUGCUUGAGUAAGAUGUCUCUACACACCAGUAAAUGCAGGUAACCAUUUACACUCAUUCACACUUCACAUUUGUGUCAUUGGACGGUGGGAGGAAGCAGGAAAUCGUGGCAGCUCUACACAGAAAGGCUGUGUGAACCCCUACAUUGUGCUACACCCUUUCAAUAAUAUCACGUGAAAUUUUAACUUAAAUUGUUGUUGAAGUUUACAUUCAAAAACUUCCCAGGACAUUGUUUUCUAUGUGAUGGUCUUGUGUAACGCUGUGUACUGAAUGUGAAUGAUGUAAAAUGCUGACUGUGGUACCUUAUUGGUUAAUUGCUGCUAACCAGGUACUGUACACAUUAGUGUGUCCUUCUUUCUGGCACAACCAAUCCACUGCGGAGUGGAUUAUUUAUAAAGAGUGUACUAUGUUUUCUGAUGUGAACCAGGCAUUUUCCAAUAAAAAUCUUUUGUAAUUUUUCUUAAA